AUGGCUAGUCCACAGAAACCGCGGCGGCUGUUGGCAGCCUGCCAUCCAUGCCACAAGCACAAGACUCGAUGCUCUGGAGACCAGCCUUGUCAGGCAUGUGUCUCGAGCGGUCGUGCGAUGGAAUGCGAGUAUCCGCGCAAAGAGCGCAAGGUGCCCAUUUCAGAGGCAUACCUGCGCAGGCUCGAAGCCGACAGCAAACGGUUCCGCGAGUAUGCCAGCGCGCAGAAGAACCUACAGUCCUCCGCCACGCAGCUCCCUACGCCAGACCCCGCCCAGCAGGCGGGAGGCAGCGGCAACACGGACGACGAGCUGCCUCUCUCCCAUGAGGAGUCCAAUAUGCUCAAUCCUCUCUUUGAUCCUCAGGGAAGGGAGCCUGCCGACCGCCGGGCCCUCUCCGCGGUUGACUCUGACUUCAUCGGGGAAGCAUCGUGCUCUGCCUUCAGCGACCGCCUGCUGCAGUGCUUUGAUGACACCUACACGCCAGCAAAGGCGGGAUUCUCAAGCUUCCUACGGCUUGACCCCCCAAAUCAUGCUCCGAGCAAUGAGUCCUUCCCCGAGCGAAUGCACGCCAAACUUCUAUUGAAUGUCGCAAGGCGCUUCAUCGGCAACUAUCAUCCUUUGUUUCUCGAAGUCACCUUCAUGAAGGAAAUGGACGCUGUCUAUCGGCGGGAGAUAAAUCCUCCCAGUCUAUGGCUUUGCAAAUUCUACGCUCUGAUGGCCCUCGGAGAGAUCUAUUCGAACCGCAGAGGCGUCGACAAUAACGGUCUCGUCCCAGGCGCAAGGUACUACGAACGUGCUGUCGACAUGUUUCAAGACAAGGACAUCUACGAGGAACCUCUCUUGAUUCAUGUCGAGAUAUUGACCUUACUGAGGCUAACCCUCAUAACAAAGGGUUGGGCAUCCAAUAUCUUUGGCCGUGUGCGGACAGCAUAUCAUUACAGCGGCGUGGCUAUGCGGCUUGCCAUGAGUAUGGGAAUGCAUCGUGCCGCAACAAGCAGCAGCACUCUGACCCCAGUGGAGAGAGAGAGUAGAAGACGAGCGUGGUGGGUGCUCUACUUCUUCGAUCGCUUCUCUGCUUCCAAACUCGGUCAGCCUGUCAGUGUUCGUGACGAGGACAUUGAUGUCGAGAUGCCUAGCAUGGACGGAUUGACCGAGGAGGAGAGGGCAGAGUUUCUGGAUCCUGAGCCCCUGGUGAUCAACACCAAACUGGGGCGCAUCAUAGGGAACAUUUUGACGGACGUAUACGGCGUGCCCAACAGUCGUAGAGGGCUUUGCAUCCGCGGGGUGCACAGAAUCCUCAAGCAACUCCGGUCUUGGUAUGAUGAGCUACCACGAGACCUGCGAUUGAAGGAGAGAGGCACACCUCGACCUGUGGCAAGCCUUCACCUCGCAUAUAACCAGUGCAUUAUUCAGACUACUCGGCCUGUCUUGUUACACUUGUUCAAAUCCCAGUUCCAGUUGGGAAAGUCAGGCCGUGACCAGCAGCGAGAAGCCGCAGCUGAACAGCAACAGCCACCUGCUCUGCGCCAGCAAUCCAAAUUCUCUCCUAUAACCCUUGCUCUCGCGGAAAGCUGCGUCAACGCCGCCCGGUCGUCCAGCCGCAUUGUCGAAGGCCUCUUUCUUGAUGGCGCCAUCGCGAGCUAUGGCUACUGGGACGCACACCACAUCUCUUCAGCUGCCCUGAUUCUCGUGAUCUCGGCCGUCAUGAAGCCUGCCGCAGUGACUUCAGAAGCUUUGGAGACGCUCCUGAGCAUACUUCGAUCUAUCAAGAAAGACGGAAACAUACCAGCUGUGGACUUUUGUGACAGGCUCUCGCAAGUCCAGGCUCGGGUUUUCAGCUUGAGAUGCAAGAUACAGGGGCAGGCAGGGCACGAGCAUGAUUUGCACAGCCCAAGGCGACAGCAGGAGCAACAAGAUCAGCCGUCGACCCCACAUGUGGAGGGGAUUAAUCGCCAGAAAUCAGGGCAAAUGCUAGCAGACCACAUGGCAGCGGCAACCUCUCUGUCAUCUUUGUCCUCUGCCUCCUUCGCAAACACUCCUCCACAAGACCGGCCACAGUCGGAUCAUGCCCAAAAUCUUGGCGGUACUAACGGCGACAGAAGUCACAAUAACGGAAGCACGCCCCUUGAUUGGUUUAGCACGGCGAACAACGUCCUGGCAGAUCCGCUUAUUGGCAGUUUUCUCAAUGAGGCGCCGCAGAUGGUGUGGACAGGGCCUGAGGGCAAUGAUAUUUUCUUCACGGAUAACAGUGGCGGUGGGGUGCUCGGGCCGUUUGCGUCUGAGACGGGCACGCACUUUCCGUUCUGA